CACCUCCAAAAACCCUACCCCCAACAGUAGUAAGUAGUAACGGUAAAAUACCCAUUAUAUAAAGCACACUGCACGCUACACUGCCGACCUCAAACCCUAACGUUUUCUCUGAUCCCUGCCUCUAUCCUAUUUGCUAAACCCUAAUUCCGUACUCUCACUGCUACAGAAUUUCACUUGGUCGCAACAAUGUCGGACGAGGAAAGGGAGGAGAGGGAGUUGGAUCUCACCUCUCCCGAAGUUGUCACCAAAUACAAAUCUGCUGCUGAAAUUGUUAACAAGGCACUGCAAUUAGUGAUAUCCGAAUGCAAACCAAAAGCUAAGAUUGUUGACGUUUGCGAGAAAGGGGAUGCAUUCAUCAGAGAGCAAACGGGCAACAUGUACAAGAAUGUCAAGAAGAAGAUAGAAAGGGGAGUUGCAUUCCCAACUUGCAUAUCAGUGAAUAAUACAGUCUGCCAUUUUUCUCCAUUGGCCAGUGAUGAGACUGUGUUGCAAGAUGAAGAUAUUGUGAAAAUUGAUAUGGGGUGUCACAUAGAUGGCUUUAUUGCUGUAGUUGCCCAUACCCAUGUGAUUCAGCAAGGUCCAGUCACUGGCAGGGCAGCUGAUGUUAUUGCUGCUGCAAAUACAGCUGCUGAGGUUGCUUUAAGACUUGUCAGGCCAGGGAAAAAGAAUAAAGAUGUAACUGAAGCAAUUCAGAAAGUUGCAGCUGCUUAUGACUGCAAGAUUGUUGAAGGAGUACUAAGUCAUCAAAUGAAACAAUUUGUGAUUGAUGGAAAUAAGGUCGUGUUAAGUGUCUCAGGGCCUGACACAAGAGUUGACGAAGCUGAAUUUGAGGAAAAUGAGGUGUAUUCCAUUGACAUUGUUACAAGUACUGGUGAAGGCAAGCCAAAAUUGUUGGAUGAGAAACAAACAACUAUCUAUAAAAGAGCUGUUGACAAGAAUUAUCACCUAAAGAUGAAAGCAUCUCGGUUCAUAUUUAGUGAGAUAAGCCAAAAGUUCCCAAUCAUGCCAUUUUCUGCAAGGGCUUUGGAAGAGAAGCGUGCUCGUUUAGGCCUAGUAGAAUGUGUGAAUCAUGACCUUUUACAGCCUUAUCCCGUGCUUCACGAGAAGCCUGGUGACUUGGUUGCACACAUCAAAUUUACUGUUUUGCUAAUGCCGAAUGGGUCGGAUCGAAUCACAACUCAUCCUCUGCAGGAGCUGCAACCCACUAAGACUGUGGAUGAUCCUGAGAUUAAAGCAUGGCUAGCAUUGCCCACAAAGACAAAGAAGAAGGGUGGAGGGAAAAAGAAGAAAGGUAAGAAAGGGGAAAAAGCUGACACAGCUGACGCUGAGGCCAUGGACACGGCACCGAAUGGUGCAGCUUCAGAAGAAUGAGAAAAUUCUUGUUUUUAUUUUGUAUUUUCUCUAUGAAAUUUUGGCAGCUCCAUUGUAUUUGGUUGUUUUGAGUCAUGAAAUGUCAAUCCUAACUUGAAUACUUUAAAAUGCGUUCUGUUUUGUACACUGGUUUGCUGAUCUUUAAUGUAUCCAUUUUCCCUUUAGAUAGAAA